UGCGAAUUGUCGGCAGUACAGAGGGUGCAAUAUUGAUCCCCUGUUAGUCCAAAAUGGCGACGUGGGUGGCACACGCGCUCAAUCUUUUCCUUCUUUUGCUGACAUUUAAUGGGAAUCCCGGUUUCACAACAAAGACAUUCACGUUUCCUGAAUAUCCUUACAAGGAGACAAGCAAAAAUGAGCUGAUGUUCCGUGAGUUUGAACAAGCUUGCGAAGAAAGUGGUGCUUGCAAGACAUUGUCACAACCACGAAGUAGCGUCGCUAAAACACGAUGUAUACGAGAGUGUGUGUCACCCUCUUGCUACAGAGAAAUUUAUCUUUUUGAUCAGCUUGAAGAAGGCGAAAUAGAUGUAAGAUUGAACUCAUUCAAAGGCUGCUUUAUGCAACGAAACGGGAGACCAAAAAAAUAGCCCGAGGGAAGCGAGAAAAAUUCUCGCGUUAAAAAUCAAAGAUCCACGAGAACGGCGGAUCGAUUGUUACUGUAAAGAAGACUAAGUGAAGUAUCAGGGUCCAAUUAAUAUAGCUCAGCACUUUCUUCUUAUACUUAUUACUAUUACUAUUGUUAUUAAUAAAUACUACUAUUGUUAUUGUUAUCGAUGCGCACAAAAUAAUUAAUUAUUCACUUAUCUUCGAUAAAAGUUUGAUAACAAAUAUCGAGCAGAUUACUAUUAAAUUUGUCUAUUGACAUUUAAUUAUUAAAUAGUAAUAACGCUCAGAAAAAAUAAAUAGUUUAAGAGAUACACAGAAAAAAAUGAUUUCAUGACACAAAAAAUUUUUAUUCACCCCAAGAAAAUUUAUGAUCUUGAAGUUAACAGACAAUUACUAAUUUCUUUAUUUUUUAUUUCAACAAAACAAUUUAAAAAAUACGCACUUGUAGAAAAUCAUGAAAACUACGGGUGCAAUUUUUUCAAAUAUUUUUUUUUUAUAAUUUAUCGUUUUAUAAAAAAAUCCAAAGGGUAUUUGGAUUGGUAUUAGACGUCGACUAACUUCAGUAUCAUGAAAAUUUCUACUUUUCCGAAGAAAUUUUUUGCAUCAUGAAUUGAAAAGAAAAUUUUUUUGAAGCGAGAAAAAAAUUUUUAGGCCGAGAAAUUUUUUUUGAGGUGAGAAAAAAAUUUUUCGGGGUAAGAAAAAACUUUUUGAAGCUCGAAAAAAAUUUUUUGAGGUUCGGAAAAAAUUUUGGCGCCAAGAAAUUUUUUUUCUGUGUAUAUAUAAUUAUAUAUAUAUAUAUAUCUCUUUGAUAGUAACUAGGAUCUAGUUACAGGCUCAUUGUCACACGUCCACACGUCUCUAUCUCAAUUUAUUAAAAUUUAUUAUUACAUACAUAUAUAUAUUUAUAUGUAUAAUAUGAUAUGUACUUUCUCUUCUACUAUUAAAUCCUCAGCAUGUUCGCGUCAACGAGACAGCCAGAAUAUACGCGAGAUAAAACGCACUAAUCCCGUUUCAAGAAUAAUCCAAUAAUCCGCGAGAAUAUUAACGAAUAUAAUAUUCAACAACGCGAGUUUAAGAACGUAUGAACUUAAAUUUUUUACAAAUCUUC